AUGGUGUUCUCCGAAACUCGCUAUUUUAACAAGCAUCGGGUCAUGACAUUCAACAGCUCUUGGAAUAAAUUUGUUGGACAUACUGAUUACGGAAAAGCAUGGGCACAACAGCUGAACAGCGAUUCCCAUUUUAUGGUCUGGGCACGACUUCAAGUGGACAUUUUCUGUAAAUUUUAUGCCUCUCACUACUUCUCAUUUGUGAAUAAGACAGUGCAGCCAAGAGUCCAUCUGAUGUUAAUCAAGCCGGCCAGCAGCUCACAUCCUGCCACGUUAAUGUGCAGUGCGUAUGACUUCUACCCCAAACCCAUCAAACUGUCAUGGCUUAGCAAUGGAAAAGACAUAACCAGCCAUGUCACGUCCACUGAGGAGCUGUCGAAUGAUAACUGGUACUACCAGGCCCACUCUCAUUUAGAGUACACCCCCAGCUCAGGAGAGCGGAUAUCCUGUGUAGUGGAGCAUGCAAGUUUCAGUCAAUCUAUGGUGUAUGACUGGGAUUCCUGUAUUCCUGAUCCUGAAAUGAAGAAUAAGAUGGUAACAGGAGUUGCUGGGCUUCUGCUGGGGACAAUUACAGCAAUUACAGGCCUGGUCUACUACAGGAAAAAAUCCACAGGACACAUUUUGGUACCUACACAACCAAUUCCUCGGGUUAUCGACGUGGCUUUUGAUGGGAACGGGAGCUGUCCGUCAGGAUUAAUGCCGGGAGACGCAGACAGUUAA